GCGGUCCGAUGCGUUCAAAGAUCUCUGCGAAAACAAAGGAAGAAUGUGAGAGAGAGUGGGAAAGGAGAGAUGGGAGCGGCAUCAUCAUGCCAUAUGCCACUAUGCCAGCAGCUGAGCUGAGUGAGGAGUCGGCUCGAGCACUUGGCUUGUGAGAAUGAGAAGAAGAAAAAGAUGCAAAGGAAGGAGUUGCUCGGUUCAAAUCGGCGCCUUCGGCUCCCACCAUAAAAGGACCACACCACACACUCCCCUCAGUGCCCAAGAGUGAGACUCAAACGGCCGAACCGUUGCUUGGAUUGGAGUGAGAGGAGUGACCGUUUAGUUAGCUCGAGAGAGCCGAGAGAACCCAAGAAGCAAGGGCAUGGCUUCCUUGCCCGAUCCCACGGUGUACUACCCGACGUCCUCCAACGCCAUCCUGCGCGCGCAUCCGUCCGCCGCCGCCGCGGCGUCCAGGGGCUCGUUCGGCCCGGUCUUCGCCGUGCUCGCGGUGAUCUCCUUCCUCGCCGUGUCCGCCUGCGUCGUCGGCAGGCUGUGCGGCCGCCGGCUCUUCAGGAAGGGGUCCGCCGACCAGGACUCGUACGCCUCCGACUCCGACCUGGAGAAGGGCUUCGAGGUCAAGUACCCGGCCAUGAAGCCCAUGGCGAGCUCCCGCGCCGUGAUCCACGACAUGGACGACGGCUUCGAGAUCAAGUUCGCGCCCGGGAAGCCUGCGGCGUGGAAGCACGACGGCAAGGCCGACAGCAAGGGGAGUCGUCAGGGCCACGGCCAGGGCCAGGGCCAGCGUCAGCAUCACGGCCAGGGCCAGGGUCAGGGUCAGCAUCAGCCCCAGCUCGUUGGCAUUCCCAAAGGCUACGCCGUGCCGGUGCCCGUGCCCAAGGACUACGCGGGCUUCAGAUACCCUGCGGAAGCCGUGGUCAGGCAGGGGCAGAUCAGGGGCGGGGCAUUCGUUCCAGCGAAGCCUGGCACAUGAACGUUACGUAUAGCGGCCGGCAGCUUAGGUUCACAACUCCAUUGAUGCUAUCGCAUAUGAUACGUACAAUCUCUCUCAUCAUCCAUCCCUCCACGAACGAUGAUAGCGUUAGUUUUCAUCUUCACUCUAGUUUUUUGGGGCGCAGUGUGCAAAAAAGUUCCCUCGGCGAACUGGUUUCAGGCACUUGCAUAUCGUGUUUUGUACAUUAACCCAUUACAAGCAGUGAAGAAC